AGUGUGAAUUAGCGUUUACUUGCACAGCCUACUGUACGUGUAGUGUCUGAACACUGCCAGCCAGCCAAAGAGAUUAUCCAUGGUGUCAGCUGACUGGGACUAUCAUGUUGCGUGUUUGUAUUGUUGUAAUAUGUUUACACCCCAAUUGCCGAACACAAACAAUUUAAUGUCAAUGAAAAUAGUCCAAUAAGUGGUCUUCACUUCAUGAAUGACAACUAAAAACUGACGGAAAGUAAAUGAAUUUGGUGCAUGAGUGGUACAACUAUUCAUUAAGGUCAAUGAUUUAAGAUCGUAAACAAACACGGAACAGAGCGACGUAAGGCGUUCAAAUUACAUAAGUACUUCGAAUGGGGGAUAAGACUUACGUUUCGAGUCCUAGUUUCGCUUACACAGUUACUGAAACGGAAUGGUGCCCCAAGAAUGAGAAUAAUAAAACACGAUAAUUUUGCAUUUAUGUGUACUAUUACUGCUGUGUGCGUGCGGGGUGUCGAAUGGUGUAAAACCUGCCCACAGUAAUAAAUGAGAGCUCAAGACAACACAAUGGAGAAGGGAUUCGAGCUUGGUGAUCCAGAUCGCAAAUUUUUCGAACUGAAACGACUGGUUUCUGUGAGCAGCAUUCGACUUGCUACCCGUUACGAGGUUGGAAGGAGACAGCUUCUCGCAUUUGUCAUAGGGUCAGGUGAUCUCUGUUUGUACUACCUUUGCAAUGAAGAUAAUGAGAAGCCCGUUAUGCGACACAUCCCAUGGUACCAAGAUAAUAGCCGUAUGAUCUCAGCCAUGUGUUUUGAUCCUUCAGGCUCAUGGCUGCUUGUUGCAAGCUGUGAUGGAACACUUGUCAUUGUACCAGCACUGGCUUUGGUGGACAGUGCUAAAGCCAAAGAUCACCAGUGGUCUACGACAGAAGUGACAGUUUUUCCUUCAGUCACCUCUCCCCCUGCUGCUUCAUUGUCUGCUAGCAGCUUGGCUAGCUCUGUCAAUGGAAGUCCACUCACUACUCGCCGUAUUUCAGCAGCUCGACCAACAGCAGUUGUGUGGUGGCAGAGCAUUAUGGGCUGCCAUCAUACAGCUAUUGUAGGAACAGAAACUGGAACCAUAUUUUUUGUGAAUCUCUCAACAGGUGUCCAAGUGGGCACAACCUAUGUAAGAGAUGCUAUAACUGAACUACACAUGUGCCAAGACAACAGUCUCGAUGUGAUCUUCUUACUGAUCACUUGUAUUAAUCACAGUCAAUGGAAGCUGCUUCUGGAACAGCGCACCACGGGAUACACUUGGCCUGUUGACAGUGCCAGUCAUGCCAAGUCAUACAGCACCAGCAGUCAGUCUCAGUCUACAAUAGUCGAAUCUGAUGCAAAUGGGAAAAGUCUCCCCAGAUCACGUCUCCAGGGACUGAAACAGUUAUCAGUUGAGAAAUUGACCAGCAUUCGCAACAAAUUGGUUGAGACACGAUCACGAGGGAUAGCUGUAGUGCAGCAUGUACGGAGAGAAAGCAGCAGUAGCAGCAGUGAUGAUGCAGCAUCAUCACAACAGAGAAAGUCUUCUAUGACGUCUUCUACAUUUAGUGAAGUUUCAUCAUCAUUUGUAACAACUGGACCAUUACCUGAAUCUCUGAGUGCCCAUGUUGGUGAAACAUUUUUGAGCCCACAAUAUGCAAGGGGACGAUACCUCCUUUCUGGUUAUUACACGCCUUCCAGCAUCCUUACUAUUCAUGGAAUGGAUCUUGAAGUUGUCCCACUGUUUGUCCACAAAUUACCUCCUGAGUGUGGAUAUAUUCUGGUCACUGAUAGAUUUCUGUUUGUCACCGACAGCAAAAAUGAAAAACUGUCUGUUAUUUCAACACAGUUGUCAGAAAGCAGACUUGAUGGUGACACGGAUUACAAUCCUGACUCGGUGAUAAAUUCAUUUGGGUUUAAAGAUGAUGAAAGAAUUUUAAGUGUGUUUAAACACUCUGCAUCCUACCAAAGAAAAGAAGAAACAAACAGACAAGGGGAUACAGAACAGAGUGAAAGUAGGAAGGAUGACAGAUAUAGGAAGUAUGCAAAAGAUGUGGACAAACAAGGGGGUCAAUUUGUAUUACCACAAAAAGUUAGUGACCUGAAAAUUGAUGCUCCAUCUAUUGACAGCGUUAUUAUUGUUACCAAUCAUGGGCUGUAUGAAGUAAAAUUGAGCCAUCCUCCUGUUGAGAUAUUUAUGGAACUGAUAUUAGAACAUUCUGAAAUAGAACGAGCUGAACGUUUGGCACUCAUUUUUGGCCUCAAUCUGCAACAGCUACUGGAAAUGGCUGGAGAUCUCAAGCUAUCAGCAAAGGACUUUCCUCAGGCCAUUGCUCUCUACAAACUCUCUAGAUGCCGACAUCUGAAGAGUGUAUUAAAGUUUGCUGUGGCAGGACAUUCUGCAGAACUGCUUGGCUAUAUAAAUCUACUGUUAGAGACAACUGGACUUGAUCUCACCACGCCAGAGCGUAUCCAUCUCGCUAAUUUGGCUGUAAUGGCACAUUCAGAGCAAGUCUUACGUGCUACUGCAGGAAAACCAUCACUUUUGAGAAAAUAUUUGAAGUUCUUAUGUGAGAAUCCUCAUUAUGAUGAGGUACUUGCUGUCAAUGUUGCUGGACAAACUGGUUUAUGGGAUGUUCUACAUUAUCUUUGUGGCCAAAGGGGACUUCAGUUUGAGGUGCUAGAGGUCCUGGCUAAGGCAGUCCAAUCUUCUGAAUUUUCUCAGCACAAUACUGUAAUGGCUCCUUUUAGCUCUGCAUUAUGGCGCUGCUUGAGUGAACCUUCACUGCUUCAAGCCCUUAUAUGUCGACCAAUACAAGCGGGCCACCAUCUACAAUUUGUUAGUACACAUUUGCCAUACCUGGGACAAGAAGUGUUGGAGAGAUUGGCUGCAUUAUAUGAUCCGUCAUCACCCGUACUUUGGCCUGCUGUGACUCGACUACUAUUAUCCAGACAACAUAAAAAUUCUUGCAGCAGUUCCUAUUCAGGUCAGGAAUCGUUUGACAUCACAGACAGUAAUGAAGAUCAGAGCAUACCAAUACAGAAGAUGAUAACUGUAUUUUUGAUCAUAUUAUUAUACCUUGCGAAGCAGCGAAACAAACAUCACGUGUAUUUGCCAGAGCUGAUGGAGAGAAUAUCUCUGCAUAAGGAUCAGCAAACAGAGGAUGUUCCAUUUAAAAAAAAUGCUGUGAAUGUGGCAACAAACAUGUUGAGUGCUGGUUUUGCUCAUGUUGCUGUUGUUCGUAAUUCUACUGUGUAUACUUGGGGAAAUGCAGCUCAAGGAUGCCUGGGUACUGGUCCAACAAUGUCUCGCUUUGGCACUCCUCAUGGCCUCUCACUGUUCCCAAAUCUGAAGGUGGAGGUGAGCGCUGUUGCUUGUGGGCGCCAACACACUCUUGCUCUUACAAGCAAUGGGGUUUAUGCAUGGGGAUCAUCACAGUUUGGACAGCUUGGCAUUGGAAGUACAGGGCAGUCUUCAACUCCAAUCCUCAUCAGUGGACUUGCAUCAGAAUUAAUUACUUCCAUCUCUGCAGGGCAAUACCAUUCACUUGCCCUUACAGCUGAUGGCAGGGUUUAUUCUUGGGGUUGGGGUGUACAUGGACAACUUGGUAUUGGUUCAAUCGAAGAUGCUCUCCAUCCAAAACUAGUGAAGCGUCUAAAUGGACAGGUUGUGAAGCAGAUUAGUGGUGGCCAUGGCCAUUCUCUUUUCCUCACUGAAACAGGCGAAGUAUUUACUUGUGGUUCAAGUGUCUUUGGGCAAUUAGGAAAUGGAGGAAAUAUCAAGAGUUCCACACCAGUACUAGUGUCGUCUCUCCCAGAAACCUGUGUUCUUGUAUCAACAGGAUACUUUCAUAAUCUGGCUUUAAGUACAUCUAACAAACUGUACUGCUGGGGCUCUAGUCCUCAAGUACUUCGUCUUCAAGCCCAGGCUCACAAAAAAGCACGAUUAAUGCAAAAGCAUACUGCCCCAGCAGCUGACAAAGCUCCAUCUCCACCAGCAUCACCACAUGCGGCAGUUGUUGUCAGCCCAACUAUGGAAUUCAAGGGCUUGGCAGCAAUGGGAACUGAACUAGUAGCUGAUCAUUCAAGUUCACCUCAACGAACAUCGUCUGAUGUAUUGAGUGAUAAAGAAGGGCAACAUCAUCUGCUCCCCCAGGAAGUGGACACGUCAUUAGUUACUGGAACAAUAGUUCAGUUGUCCUGUGGCUGCCAUCAUUCAGCACUGUUAACGUCUAAUGGUACCCUGUAUGUCUGGGGCAGAAAUCUGGAUGGUCAGCUGGGCACUGGUUCACGGAAAGAAGUGUUAAUACCAACACCUGUUGCAUCCCAGAAAAAGCAGUCCCCUGCAUCAACAGUUAUCUGUGGAGGCAUUCCUGAAGACAGUCAGUUACAGCAGGUUAGCUGUGGCUGUGAAUUCACUACAGCAUUAGAAGCAGCAAGUGGGCGUCUGUGGGCAUGGGGCAGCAAUGCUCAUGGCCAGCUGGGCAGGCCACCUUUAGAAGAGGGCAAGGCACUCGAGGGUCGCCUCAUCAUGCUGAAGACAUCAAAACGUGUCAUUAAAUUGCCACAAGGUGCUCAUAAUGCUUGUGAUAUGCCACAGGAAGUGACAGGAGUUCCAAGUAACAGCAUCUCUUUUCAGGCCCAGCCUCAAGGACCAGUUUUUCGGCAGCCGUGUCCAUCACUGAAUAUUGAAGAUCCACCAUAUGGCCCAAGGACCCUGCAUUUUGCUUUGCAACACUUCCAUGGGCAUUAUGAUUCUGCAGCACUCUUAAGCAAGUGUGUUGAGCUGGAGAACUACCAGGCAGCUGCAAAACUUGCAUUGUUGGGCAGGAUGUAUCACCAGGCACUAUCUUUCCAGUUAAAGGCUUUGACUCUAGCUGUUGCUUCAGAUACCAGUAAGAUUUCCUCAGAGGAAAUUACUAUUCCUGAAGCAAGCACUCAUUCGAGUUUUGAAGAAUGCCAACCAUCUGGAAAGAUGAAUGUUUUCUCUUCUACCAACAAGCAUCAUGAAACUGCAGCUGAUAAAGACAUCUGCACUAGUAAACAUUCUAUUAACAAAGACAAAGAAAAAUCAAAAAUGGAAUUUAGUGAAAACCAUGUAGAAGAGACAUCGCAACUCCAACAGUCGUCAGAAUUUACAGAAGGGGACAGUGAAUAUUCUGUUUCUGAACAUUGUAGAACAGAUGCCGAAUCAAGUCAGGAUAUUAGUGUGAGUUCUACACCAGAGAAUCUUCUCUCUUUGGAAAUUCACCCAUUUGCUAUUCAGGGAGGGAAGGAGCAGAUGUCUGAGGAGACUCGGUACCUUAUGAGUCCAGAUUCUCCAUCAUCACUUCCCCCAGGGUUGCAGACUCCUGAUCUAACAAGCUCCCUUGGUAGUGAUGAAAGGUGUCCUUCAGUAGCACCUGAUGUGCUGUUUAACAGUGCUCUUGCAGGCAUUCAUGAUGAGAGUAAUGCAAACUCUUCACAUUGUAAUCAAGCUGAAGAUUCUAAAAUAAUGCCAGAAGUAAGAGUAAAUGGUAAUACAGAAUUAUUGUCCUCCAAGCAAUUGACUGUCCAGGAAAGCAAUGCCGAACAGGCUUUGCUGGAAAAUAUCACAAAGGAAAAGGAAAGUAGUAAACCUGACAGUUUUCCAGGAAAAGCUCCUACAAUUUCAGAAGCAGAUUCCAGUAGUUCUGGUCUUUUGACUAGAAAUGACAUUGUAAAACAAGUGACAGUAAUUAUGGAAUAUUAUAUAUCUGUUAUGGAAGAGGACAGCCAUACAGCAAUGAGUCAUCUUCUCCAGGAGGGUAUAGAAUUUUGGUUGCAGAAUGCUCUACCGGUGAAUCAUCUAGAAGAUCUGCUGCUGAAAUACAUGUCCAAACUAUUUUUUCCUCUUGGCCUUCAACUUUUCUGCAAGGAAGAUGCUGCAGUAUCUCUCAGUCACUUGUCUCCCGACUUCUGCCUCCAGCUGAGUGCUGCUCUGCUGAACAAUAUUGAACAAACCAAGAGAAUUCCACAUGAAUUUGCUGAAGUUCUUGCUGAAGUUGUGGCACCAUCUCAAGGAACUGUAAGUGACAAGGAUAGUAAAUGUGUUGGUACAGAUCAGUUAAUGGAAACAGUACUGUCCAGUAUCACAGAUUCAAGCCUGUUAAGCCUCAGUGUUAAUCCUUCCACAGAGUCGGUAGUGAAUGGAGAACAGUUGCUUGCUUUCACCUGUGGGCAUCAAUGUCCUCAAACAGUAACACGUGUUCCAGAAUGUCCAGCUACAUCACGUGUUUUACAGGAACUUUAUGCGAGCACAACACCACCUCUUGCAUGUCCCCAUUGUGUAAUGGGAUAUUUACAAGAAAGAAAGGCAACUGAAGUCUGAAACAAUCAGGGUGGCAGGCAGUCUACAAUGUUGAUCGGUCUCUGUGGUUUAUACAAUCAUAAGCAUUGAAGAAAAUCUAUUUUAUUGUGAUAAAAAGUACGCUUAUUGGUCCAUGUCCUUUUUAUAAAUGCAUCACUGAACAUUAAACAUUGAAGAUUUGUAAAGACAAUGUAAUCCUUGACUUAUAGAGUUUUAUAGUCAAUUGUGACAAUGAAACAUUUUAAUGUUGCCUGCUUGUGGAUAUGCAGAUAACUUUAGAAUUACUCUGAGAGCUUUGAGUGUGUGGUGUGGAUAGUGUGAAUAAGGUGGCACUGAUUUAUGGUAGGAGAGAAGCCUAAAUCAAAAUUUGGAUAGUGACUGACAAAUUUUUGUCUAUAAGCAGAAGGAGAAUGGAAAAUAGUGCAAACAAGUGUUCACUGAUAGCAAAAUGAAGAAGUAUAGAGCAUGACUAUUCUCUACUGAUUUGGGAAAAUUAUCUAAUUUCUUGAAAAAGAGAUCUGGGUUCAAAUAAUUUUUGAAGAGGAGAGGACUCUCUCAAAAUUUCAGAAGCCUUUAUAAAUAAUUUUGUGUGUAAUCACAGCAUGUAUAAAAACUUGUUAACUUUUGAUAUAGGAACUUGUUUCUUGGUUGCGCAUGAUGGCCACUGUCAUAACAUGUAAGUUAUCAUAAGUGUAUAAUGUUUACAUACAAAGAAACUGUCUUAGCUCUACCUGGAACGAGCAUCCUCACUAGUCAUUGGAGUUAUAGUCUGGCUGUAAUCUCAAUGAUUCAUCUCCCUUGUUAAUCAUGUUGCAUAUUGUAGAAAGUUUUGCAUUCAAUGUAAUGCAGCCAAAACCAUGAGUCAGCUGGGUAGCACUUCUUCAUGAAAAAUCCUUGAUUCUUUGGAAUUUUUCAUCUCCAGUCAUGCAAAUGAAAUUCAACAUACAGGUACAGGUGCCUGGAGGCAGCUUUUAAAAUUGUUAAAGUGUGUGACAGCAUUUUUGGAAUUCAUUUCCAAUCAUCUUCAGUUUGAUGGCUGGGAAAGAAAACACUCAUUAUUGUAAUCUUAAAUAGAAAGAUUGAACUUAUCUUGAAUUGCAAACGUUACAUGUCUACAACAAAUAUCAAUUCAAAUUCAAAAUAUUGUUUUAUUCUGAAUAUUAUGUUACAUGCUUACUGUAAGUGGUAUGUAUUACAAAAGGAAGCUAGAUAGAGGAAAAGUAUAUCUAUUGGAAUGUACAAAUCUUUAGUUGGGCUUGUGGCAGCAUGUGUAAAUUUCUUUCCUUCUCUCUAGGAAAACUUUUGUCUUUCAUAUUAAACAGCAAUGUACUAAGUCAUAAUUUGUGUAUUCUCUGAAUUCAGCGUAAAGUUUUGAUGUGAGUGUUAAAAACAUAGCAGAAAUACAGUAUUUAACUGAACCUGAGUUCAUCGAAAUGUGUUAGUGUUAUAGGUCAUCAUUUGUACUACAUAGUGUCAGAAACUGUACCUACAUGUUCAGUUUCACAUGUUCAUGUGAAGUUUUUGCACAAGGGUAUUAAGAAAGAGUUACAAGUCUUUCAGAAUAUUUAUCCUAGUCACAGAAUGUUUUAUCAGUUUUGAGAUACAAAUUACAGUUACUAUUGUUAUCUAUCAUUAUAUUGUGUUUUUCUCUUUAGUGGUUCUUAGGAUUAACAAUAGUAUUUUAGAGGUCAUUUUUUAUGUAAAUAAACCCUUUUUUGUAUGUUCAUUGAAUUCAGGUGCAUAGAGGUUAAAACAAAGUCAAUAUGUUGCUCUCUAACAUUGUUCUAGUCAUUUAAAAUUUUCUCAAAUGACAAAUGAUCAUUUGAGAUGAUGUGUACAUAUUUAACUGUCUUAUAUAAUGAAACUGAGCAUAAGUACAAACUUGCUACUCUUUAUUGGGCUGUAAAAUACUUAAAGGCAGUUAGAAUUAAAGAAACAUAUGUAAAGGAUCAUGUAUUAAAUGUUCAACAUACUCGAAUGGUUCAAGAGUGCAUGUAUCACUACAAAACCACUUGUUGUCAGUUAUCCAUUUCAUGUUUCCAGACAAGUAAUAAAUCCACAUGUAUUCAUAACUGAAUGUGGUAAUAACAAACUGCUAAUAUUUAUAAACAGAGCCAGUACAACAGUAAAAUGAAAUCCUUUCAGGCCAGGCAUUCAUGAUAUGGUCAUAUUAUUUUCUGCAGCCCAUACGAAAUAUCAAAUUGAAACUAGGCAGAUGUAUAAAUUUCAACAUCAGUUUUAAGUAGUACCAAUUCAAAAUGUUUGGUUAAAUUAUUACUAGUGUUCAUUAUUGUUCAUAAUUUAUGUAAAUGUCUUCCAGAGUAAUUUUAGAUUUGAAUGAGACAUAAUGAAAGAUGUCAUAUUCAAUAUGUAACUUUUAUUUUCAUAAUAACUGCUUGCUGUGGUAUGGUUGCACCUGAUUUGCUGGCUCAUUUUUAUUAAUUCAUAGAUGUUAAAAAGAACUUGCUCCUCCAAAAACGUAUAAUUGUACAUAUAACAUCAGGAAACUGGGAUAAUCUGUAUGUAGAUGAUAGAAGACAACCAUAUCAACUCUCUGUAAUUAUAUUUUUAAAUGCAAUCUUAAUUUAUGUCAUGAAUAUUAUUACAUAAUAACUUUUCCUGUUAAAAUUAUUGUUUUUGUCUGAAGGUUGUGAUGUAUAAUAUUUGCAAUGACUACAGCAACACUGUUGGAUUUUUUAUUUUUUUUUUUAUUUUUUUAUUUUUUUUUUUUUUUUUAGAUAUAACACUCACUCGUGUGAGUAGGUGUAUCUUCAUGUCUAAUUUAAAAUGUAUAUCCUACCAUUUACGUGAGACUGCUUGUCAUCAUUAGUACUUUUAACGGUAGUCGUUGUCUCUUGUCUAGAAAAUGUGUGGAGAUUUGUCAUUGUAUAAUACCAUUAUGAAUAUUAUCUCUUAUAAAAAAUAGUAUACCCAUUAAUUUUGAGAGACAGUUUAAAAUGUGAGAUAACAGAUAAUCUGGUCUCUUAUGAUGUGCCCUAAGAAUUUGAAAAUAUAUACAUUUUAUUAUAA